CAGAGAGAAAAAUAGCAACUCAAAUUACAAACAAUGGCAGUGAAUACUAAUGAAGGUAGUAAGCAUAUGAAUACAGGUGAUGGUGAAACUAGCUACACCAACAAUUCUGCCCCUCAGAAAAUAGGGAUAUCGAAAUCAUUGCAUGUAUUGGAUGAAGCAAUCAAAGAUAUGAUAACUGAUAUCGGCUUUCCGAAAUGCUUCAAGAUAGCUGAUUUGGGCUGUUCAUCGGGCCCUAACGCCCUUUCGGUAAUUUCUCGUAUAAUCGAAAAAAUCGAACAUCUCUCCAAAGAAAACAAUAAUGAGUAUGAAGUGUUUCUGAGUGACCUCCAUGGAAAUGACUUCAACAACCUCUUCAAAAUGCUGCCCGAUUUUUACGAAAAACUCAAUAUUAAUAAUCCAAGUACGAGAUGCUUCGUAUCGGGUUUGCCGGGCUCGUUCUACGGCAGGCUAUUCCCAAGGAAUAGCCUCGAUUUUGUCCAUUCAUCCUACAGUCUCCAUUGGCUCUCUCAGGUAAUUAUUAUUAUUUUUCGAAUAUAAUUACGAAUUUUUGUUAUAAUUUUUUUUUUAAUUCAACUCCUGCUAGAAAUUGGGAUAGUAGGGGAAGGGCAGAAUUUGAAUUCU